GCGCGUACUCUUGUGAAGGCGACUGCGGUAGCGAACGAAAAAACAAGCAAGCCGAGCGGAGGAGACAAGACGGACACAGUUUACCUCCACAUCACAAGAUCAUAUUUUGGAUCGGAAAUUUCACACCCUGUCGGGUGGUGUUACCGUUAUAGACGGCGGAGGAUAUCUACGGGCACAAACAAUAGGAUGCAUUGCAAACUUGGCUGGUGACUGGUCUGCUGGCUCUUCACUUCAUUUGUCCUUGGAGUCAACUAGUUGGGGGGCAGAUUCCUGCAUUCCCCUCUCUGUCUGAGCCUUUGUUUGGACAAAACCAACCGGCUGCCACUGGGGUACGCAGCCCGUCCUCAACAGUGUUGCUUGGAUCAGCACAGCUCAUCUCCUGACUGAGGAGAGCGCAGCAGCUGCACAAGAUUCACUUUUUACCUACUAAACCCUCCUGGCCCUGCCCACACUGCCCUGUCAUCAUGGUGCUGUCACAACGGCAAAGAGAUGAACUAAAUCGAGCAAUAGCCGAUUAUCUACGCUCUAACGGCUAUGAAGAAGCAUAUUCCACUUUCAAGAAAGAGGCGGAAUUAGAUAAUAAUGAAGAACUGGAUAAGAAGUAUGCUGGUCUUUUGGAAAAAAAAUGGACCUCAGUCAUCAGAUUACAAAAGAAGGUGAUGGAACUAGAAUCCAAACUGAAUGAAGCUAAAGAAGAGAUCACCCUGGGUGGGCCUGUUAGUCAGAAGCGUGACCCCAAAGAGUGGAUUCCACGCCCACCAGAAAGGUACGCCUUGAGCGGCCACCGCAAUCCAGUCACCCGCGUCAUCUUCCACCCAGUCUUCAGUGUCAUGGUGUCGGCUUCUGAGGAUGCAACAAUAAAGGUGUGGGACUAUGAGACAGGAGACUUUGAACGCACACUGAAAGGCCACACAGAUUCGGUUCAGGACAUCUCAUUUGACCAGACCGGCAAACUGCUCGCGUCCUGCUCUGCAGACAUGACUAUCAAACUGUGGGACUUCCAAGGCUUUGAGUGCAUUAGGACCAUGCAUGGACAUGAUCACAAUGUGUCUUCUGUAGCCAUCAUGCCCAACGGAGAUCACAUCAUUUCUGCCUCGAGGGAUAAAACUAUGAAAAUGUGGGAGGUGGCAACUGGCUACUGUGUGAAGACCUUCACAGGCCACAGGGAGUGGGUCCGUAUGGUACGACCCAACCAGGACGGCACACUGAUUGCCAGCUGCUCCAAUGACCAGACAGUUCGGGUGUGGGUCGUGGCCACCAAAGAAUGUAAGGCUGAGCUGCGGGAGCAUGAACACGUGGUGGAGUGCAUCUCUUGGGCACCAGAGAGUGCCUAUCCCACCAUUCUAGAUGCCACAGGCUCUGAGACCAAGAAGAGUGGUAAGCCAGGUCCCUUCCUACUGUCUGGCUCCAGAGACAAAACCAUUAAGAUGUGGGAUGUUAGCAUUGGCAUGUGCCUUAUGACACUGGUUGGACAUGAUAACUGGGUGCGUGGGGUCCUAUUCCAUCCUGGUGGCAAGUUUAUUGUGACUUGUGCAGAUGACAAGACCUUACGGAUCUGGGACUACAAGAACAAGCGCUGCAUGAAAACCCUGUGUGCCCAUGAACACUUUGUUACCUCUCUGGAUUUCCACAAGGCUGCUCCCUUCGUGGUCACUGGGAGUGUAGAUCAAACAGUAAAGGUGUGGGAGUGUCGUUGAUUUGGACCUUGGAGGAUUGGACCACCACCCUGAUUACCCAGGCGCUCCUCUGGAUCCAACACCCCUCCUGCCAUUACAGUGACCCCUCUCAUUCCACCUCCCCGCUCCUAUUGCCUAACCUAAACUUCACCCCGCACAUCUUCACCUCCUCUGGCUGCACUCACCACCCUGGUUAUUUACCUAUUGCGCUCUCUGGUCCAAUAACUUUUGUUCUUCUGUGUAAAUUAUUCCUGGAUGUAGAUCGAGCUAUUAAAUGUUACACAAAAAAGUAUUCUUGCAUGGUAAUCCAAAAUUGUAUACUGUAAAUUUACAUAACGUUGUCUAGACGUACCAUAGGUUUAACACGGGGCUGAGCGUCUGUCACGCAGCCUUACCAACCAACCGAAGGCAGAUGUUUUGACUGGGUGUAAACGUAGGGCACUAAAAAACGAUAAUUUAAGAAAUGACAGUGUCUUUAUGUGUAAGAUUUAUUUUGUCUAUUUUUUUAUUUAGUUUUUUUUCUGUUAUUCCUCUCCUUCACUGUCGUAGUCUGUUGGCGCCUAGCUUGAUGACACGUUCGAGAGAUAAGGCAGGAGAAGCAUAUAUGAUGCGAUAAGAUGUCUGUGGGGCUUUGUUAUUCAGAUAAUCUGUAGCUUUAUAACAUCACUUCUCAAGUGUGCAUACCAUUUCUCUUCAUGUGGAAGUAGGUAAUAUUUUAAUGGCUGUAUAUACAAAUGUUUCAAAUUGUUGUCCUUGGACCUGGGGGGCUUUAACAGCUUUGUACUCUUGUCAUGGUGGCACAUGAACCACUACUAGGCUUUUGAUAAAUUCUCUUUAAAUAUUAGUGGCUUUGUGAAUAGCUGUGCUAAGCUUUUUACAAGAAGCCUGAAGAACAGGUUAGCUUUACUGUCAGAAAGCACCCUGGGUCACUGCAGCACCUGACAAGGAUACCACCUGUUUGUCUUGUAGCACUUAAAGAAGACAGUUGUUGCUCACUCUGAGAUUAUUUCUUGUGACUUCACAUGUCAGACUCGUUUGAGCUGAAUAAUCUGUCCACUUCCUGCUCUUCCCCAGUCUGCUAUGAGAGAAUUUGGUGCUGCACAGGAACAUGUAAAGUUUAUAGAUGCUCAGUUGUCCCAUGGUGCCACUGAAGCAUCAAAGAGACUCAAAGAAACAAGACUUGGCGUAAAGAUGAACAUAAAUGAAAAGAUGAGUCAAAGUUAGCCCCCCGGUUUGAUACCUGGGAUGUGCAAAGAUCUCUUAUUUCAGAAUAUGUUCUGCAGAAAAAUUUUUCUUUUUUCUGUAAAAAGAGAUAGGAAAUGUAAAUUUAGCUUGUUAUGAGAUUAGGCAGUUUUGUAUUAUCACACUACAGGAUGAACUGGAUAAGAUUUUGUGAGGAAAUGCUAGCUACAGACAUGCCAAGUGAUCUGUUUGUCUGUGAAGAGGUCACACGAGAGCUCCUCACUAUAAACAGAAACUCCUGGAUCUCUGCAGAUUAACCUCACAGACCACUGUACACUUGUGCAAACAUCUUCUGAGCGGCUUUCCUCAAAUGUUCAGCUUUUUAUCUUGGUGGAGCUGAAACAGGCUGGAUAAAUAAAUGUAAACCAGUCUAUGCUGUAGAGACAACCAUUCCACUUCCUUUUGCAGGACAAAAAAAAAUCUUGCCUCAAACUGUAGCUGAAAAGUGAUUCAUUAUUCUUACACAUCCCUGUUUUCGAUAAAGCUCUGGUCAUUUAAUGGCGAUCAGAGAUAUCAUUAAAAUUUAAUGAUAUUGAUAAAAAAAAAAAAAGCUAAACUUAUAAGUUCCGAUUAGCCUUUUCAUUCCAGUGCAGUUCUUGGCUAAUAAAGAAUCCAACUGCUUAACUUCUUAUCUUAGCUUCUUUGCAAAGUUUUCCUCUUCCUGUGUGUACUGGAUGUGGUGAUCUGCUGCUCAAGCUAUUGCUAGUGGCUACUGUGAGCCUAAUGUGACCUGUUGAUGUAGCACUGCUGCAUGUAAACCUGCAUCCAGAUGCAGAGCUGUCGAACGUAUUCUUGUAGAAGCUCGAAAACUUCGUAUCAGACUGAUUGGUUUAUGACUAUAACAUCUCUGUGUAACUACAGUAGUUUGAAUUUUUUGGAAAUGUGCUCAAAUGCCUUUUGCUGAGUUGGAUGAGCUCUAUUGAGUCUCUGAAACAGACAAAAAAAAGCAGUUAAGCACAUCUUCACCACCCCCCCCCCCCCCCCCCUUGUUUGAUGGCUGGCUUGAUGAGUUCAGACAGCUCUGUUGUUUGGUUUGUAGAGAGGCAGAUUUGUUGUGUAUGACGCUACUUGAAAGAGGUUUUACACCCUCUUUCUUUUGUAAAUGCAAUGGGAUUGUGGCAGACUAGGAUGCCCCAAAGGAGAAAUCCUCUUUCAGGGAAUUUUGCUAAUGUCUCCCUUUGAUGUGUGCCCUGUUAGAAUGGUCUUAUUUUUUUCUAUAAGCUGUUUUCUCUGUCCAAACUUCCAAGGCAACGCCUUUGAGUGAAGAAAGAAACGGUUAAUUUUGUAGUUAAAUUUGGCAUGAUUAAUGAAGAUGCCAUUGUGUUAAAUGUUCUAGUAGAAGCCAAAAAUGGAGACAUUUGUCCGUACAAUCUGGUACAUCUUGAAGAAGUCGGCCUCCUUGUUGGUUCAAUAUUGUGACCAGCCUGUGAAAAUGAGAAUAGUCCCCUCAUAAUCUUGCUAUGACAUACCAGACCGUCACAUGUAAAUUAAAAACGUAUUCCUUGGUUUUACUCAAGGAAGGUGUUUAAGAAGAGGUCAGGAUGAUGUUUAUUUGUUUAUUUUCUAAUAAUCAGCAGAGGGAAGGAAGGAAAAACCCUCUUAAACACAGAUGUUGCUGUUGUACGCAACUGUUGGAAGAAAUCCCCUUUUGCCAUUCGCAGGUCCCAAGCAAUCCCUGUGCUGCUGUGGUCCGGUGGCUGAAGGGACCAACAGGCAGGCUUCGACUGUCUGUGGGUCGUUUCCCCCGGUCUCAAGUCCCUCUGUCCUCUGUAAGCUGCUUGUAAACCACACCCGAGGGCUUCAGACUGCACAACAAGCGCCUACAGGAGAGCUAAUGAUGUUUUCGCCACUACUGGUCUCACUCUUCACACAGCAAACUGUUAACAAUAUACCUGGAUGUCAUUAUUGUUUGCAAUAUAAUAAAAGAAGAAAAUCUG